UGACCUGGGCGCGCUGGGCUGGCGGGUUGCCGCAUCAGGAAGGGUCUGCGCUGGCUACCGGGACCGUAUGAGGAAUCUUGGAAGCACUGCCAACAUGUCUGAUGUUCAAGAAGCCACUAACCAACUUCUGGAUGUGAACCUUCAUGGGAACCAGAGGUCUAUACAAGUGACAGAAAGUGGUCCCAGAAGUGAGUCUGAGCACCUCCAAGUCACUAUUGGAGCCACUGUACCUACCGGUUUUGAGCAAACAGCUGCAGAUGAAGUGAGAGAGAAAUUGGGGUCAUCGUGCAAAAUCAGCAAAGACCGGGGCAAGAUAUAUUUUGACAUUUCAGUGGAAAGUCUGGCUCAGGUUCAUUGUCUGAGAUCAGUUGAUAACUUAUUUGUGGUUGUUAAGGAGUUUAAAGAUUACCAGUUCAAAGAAACAAAGGGAGAAGUUUUAAAGGAUUUUGAAGAGUUGGCUGGGAAGCUUCCAUGGUCAGAACCUUUAAAAGUAUGGAAUGUUAACAUCAGUUUCAAGAAAAAAAAAACAAAGCGCAAAAAGAUAAAUCAGAAUUCAAGUAAAGAGAAGAUUGAUAAUGGACAAGGAGAUAAAGCAGAAGAGAGGGAUGAUAAAAAAGGAUUCACCAACAAAACCUUAGAUUCCCAUAUCUUAGACUAUUACGAAAAUCCAGCCAUUAAAGAAGAGAUAUCAACAUUAGUAGAGGAUGAUUUGGCAUCUUGCAAAGAUGAGACUGAUGAAGGCUCAAAAGAAGAAACUCCUGAGGUGCUGAAGUUUAGAGUCACGUGCAACAGGGCAGGAGAAAAACACUGCUUUUCCUCAAAUGAGGCUGCAAGAGAUUUUGGGGGUGGUGUUCAAGAUUAUUUUAAGUGGAAGGCUGACAUGACCAACUUUGAUGUGGAGGUUCUUUUGAACAUCCAUGAUAAUGAAAUUGUUGUGGGCAUUGCAUUGACAGAAGAGAGUCUCCAUCGAAGAAAUAUCACACAUUUUGGACUUACAACUCUGAGAUCUACUCUUGCCUACGGGAUGCUCAGGCUCUGUGCUCCUCAACCUACUGAUAUAAUAGUUGAUCCGAUGUGUGGAACAGGGGCAAUCCCAAUAGAGGGGGCUACUGAAUGGUCUAACUGUUAUCAUAUUGCUGGUGAUAAUAAUCCGUUGGCUGUGAAUAGAGCAGCAAAUAACAUCUCAUCUUUAUUGACCAAGAGCCAAAUUAAAGAAGGCAAAGUGUCCUGGGGCUUGCCCAUAGAUGCUGUUCAGUGGGAUAUCUGCAAUCUGCCAUUGAGAACUGGUUCUGUGGACAUUAUUGUAACAGACAUGCCAUUUGGAAAAAGGAUGGGCUCCAAAAAGAGAAACUGGAACCUUUAUCCAGCUUGCCUACGGGAGAUGAGCCGCGUCUGUAGACCAGGGACAGGCCGAGCUGUGCUACUUACUCAGGACAAGAAAUGCUUUACCAAGGCAUUAUCCAGAAUGGGACAUGUUUGGCGGAAGGUGCAUACAGUCUGGGUGAACAUAGGGGGUCUUCAUGCAGCAGUUUAUCUUCUGAAACGUACACCUCAAGCUUUUGUUCAUCCUGUAGAACAACAUGGGGAAAGAACUCCUUGGUGAUGCAAAGAAUAGAGAUGGUUCAUGGUAUUUGUGCCUCUUGACACUGGGAAUGUCAGCAUGUAGUAUUUGGUUUGAGAGAAAAAUAGCGUUAAUAAAAUUGCAGAUUAAAUUGAAAA